CUAGGUUCGGCUCCGGGAUCCAAGAUGGAGUCGUUGAGUCGAGCGGGGCAUGAGAUGAGUCUGGCGGCCUUGAAGCGACGCGACCCCUAUAUCACCAGCAUCGCAGACCUUGCGGGCCAUGUCGCGCUCUACACUUUCUGCCCUAAAGCCAACCAGUGGGAGAAGGCUGAUAUAGAAGGGACCCUAUUUGUGUAUCGAAGGUCCGCUUCACCUUACCAUGGUUUCACCGUUGUCAACCGACUGAACAUGCACAACCUGGUCGAACCAGUGAAUAAAGAUUUGGAAUUUCAGCUCCACGAACCAUUUCUUCUGUAUAGAAAUGCAAGCUUGUCGAUAUACAGUAUCUGGUUUUAUGACAAGAAUGACUGUCACCGCAUAGCAAAACUCAUGGCUGAUGUGGUCAAAGAGGAGACCCGGCGAUCCCAGCAGGCUGCUCAAGAGAAACAGAGUCCCAGCCAGGCCAAUGGCUGCAACGACCAGAGGCCCAUUGACAUCCUGGAGAUGCUCAGCAGGGCCAAGGAUGAGUAUGAGAGGAAUCAGAUGGGCGGCUCAAAUAUCUCCAGCCCUGGGUUACAGCCAAGCACUCAGCUCUCCAAUCUGGGAAGCACCGAGACACUAGACGAGACACCCUCUGGGUUACAAGAUAAGUCUGCUCCAUCGGGUCACAAACACCUGACAGUAGAAGAGUUAUUUGGAACCUCUUUGCCAAAGGAGCAACCAUCAGUUGUGGGUCUUGAGUCAGAAGACGUGGAGAAGCCGCCCGGAGAUGAUGAGCAGUCAGCGGGCGUGCCACAGUCUGAAAACCUGGGUGUCCAUUCUGUUGCUCCCCACACAGUCCAGCCUGAAGUCAGCGCCCCCGUGCUCAUCACUCCAGCCUCCAUUGCCCAGUCAGGGGAAAAGCAUGCCGCAAGCUACACCGUCGCGCUGAGCCCGGUCCUCAGUCCUGCUCUGCCAGCCGAAGCUCCCACCACACAGGUUCCUCACUUACCUCUGAAUAGCACCAUGAUGCAAGCAGUGAAGACCACACCCAGACAGAAGUCUCCACUCCUGAGCCAGCCAGUUCCUGAGCUAAGCCCCUUCAGAGCCCCAGUGAGUCUGUCAAGCCCCACUGGCACAUCCCUCCCCAGCGUUGAUCUGCUCCAGAAACUCAGGUUGACCCCACAGGAUGACCAAACACAGUUGCCGCCGCCGCCUCUUGGAAAAGGUGCAGUGGCACCUGGCAUUUCCUCAGCAGCUGGCCGGCUGGCCACCCCUGAGAGCUUCAUAGAGCCUCCCUCUAAGACAGCAGCAGCCAGAGCAGUGCCCUCAGCCUCCCUGAGCAACAUGGUGCUUGCUCCAACCCUUCAGAUUGCAGGCCCUGCGUUGGUCACUGCAGCAACCACAGCAGUGUCUUCUAUCCUGCUGUCCCCCAGUGUGUUCCAGCAGACAGUCCCCAGGUCCACAGACCUGGAGAGGAAAGCAAGCUCUCCCUCUCCCCUCACUGUUGGAACGCCAGAAAAUCAGAGAAAGCCUUCCAUUAUUCUCAGCAAGUCUCAGCUCCAGGGCACACUGAUACAUCUAAUAAAGAAUGACUCUAGCUUCCUCAGUACACUUCAUGAAGUCUACCUGCAGGUGUUGACCAAGAAGAAGGACAGCCACAACCUAUGACUGGAGUACAGUCAAUGUGAGGGUCAAGGGUGCACCUCAAAAACAAGCAGGCUUCCUCAUGGAACAUCUCAGUAGAACAUGGAGCUUUGAGAAGCCUGAGUUUGAGCCUUUGAGAGAGCCUUGUUCCUUAAGGCUGUUUUCUAGAGACAUUCUCAGUGAUGAUGGAGGUUUCACUGUGAAGCAUCCCCAGCAGACCUUUGUUUGACAAAGACAGCAGAAAAGACCAUUGUGUUGAGUUCGGUGGGGUGUGGAAGGAGGAGCCUGAUUAUCAGCUUACUUUCCAGGCCUCGUUCGGGGGCCCCCAGCCUUGUAGCAGAGCCCAGGGGAGCCCAGGCCCUCCUCCACUGCCGGCCUAAAGCGCUGAACUGAAUGUCAGCUCCACAAAGUAGCUUCGAGUUCUAAGGAUCAGAAUUAAGUUGGUUCUUUAGAAGGUAUUUGUUCAAGUGAAGUAUGUUUUCUAUGAGCACCCCGCUUGGGCCUUAAACUUCUGGGAUUUCUUUGUGUUUCGUUAAGUGUCCCGGUCCUGCCCUGUGCAGACUCAGGCUGGCCUGGGCUCUGGUGGAGGAGGCUGGGAACCUGGGAAGCAGAGGCUGGGCUGCCCAGAUCCACAUCCUACCAGAGGCUUCGCUCUUAAUAAACUCUCCAGUGCUUUGGAAGUGUCAA